GUGAUUUUUGUUGAGGAGCUUUGGUGGUUUAGGGUCAUGAGGGAGUGUAUUUCCAUCCACAUUGGCCAGGCUGGUGUCCAGAUGGGCAAUUCCUGUUGGGAACUGUAUUGCCUGGAGCAUGGGAUUGAGUCAGAUGGCACCAUCUCCUCCAUGGCAUCCUCAGGGCAAACAGACUCUUCCUUUGGGACCUUCUUCAAUGAGACAGGUUCAGGGAAGCAUGUGCCCAGAGCAAUGUUUGUUGACCUGGAGCCUACUGUCAUUGAUGAGAUCAGGACUGGGACCUACCGUGCACUCUUCCAUCCAGAGCAACUCAUCAGUGGCAAAGAAGAUGCUGCCAACAACUAUGCUCGGGGCCGCUACACCACUGGGAAGCAGAUCAUAGAACAAGUUGUUGAUAGAGCCCGUAAAAUGGCUGACCAGUGCAGCGGCCUCCAGGGGUUCCUGGUCUUCCACAGCUUUGGGGGAGGCACAGGAUCGGGGUUCACCUCCCUCCUCAUGGAGCGGCUCUCUGUUGAGUACAGCAAGAAGUCCAAGCUGGAGUUCUCUGUGUACCCGGCACCACAGGUCUCCACGGCUGUGGUGGAGCCCUACAACUCCAUCCUCACCACCCACACCACCCUGGAGCACUCGGACUGCUCCUUCAUGGUGGACAACGAGGCCAUCUACGACAUCUGCAACCGCAACCUGGACAUCGAGCGGCCCACCUACACCAACCUCAACAGGCUCAUUGGGCAGAUCGUCUCAUCUGUUACCGCCUCUUUGAGAUUUAAUGGUGCCUUGAACGUUGACCUGAUUGAAUUCCAGACGAACCUGGUGCCCUACCCACGGAUACACUUCCCCCUCACCACCUAUGCACCCAUCAUCUCAGCAGAGAAAGCCUACCAUGAGCAGCUGUCAGUGCCAGAGAUCACCAACGCUUGCUUUGAGUUCUCCAACCAGAUGGUGAAAUGUGACCCACGGCGUGGCAAGUACAUGGCGUGCUGCCUGCUGUUCCGGGGUGACGUGGUGCCCAAGGAUGUGAACGCGGCCAUUGCAGCCAUCAAAACCCGCCGCUCCAUCCAGUUUGUGGACUGGUGUCCCACGGGCUUCCAGGUUGGGAUCAACUAUCAGCCUCCUACAGUAGUUCCUGGGGGAGACCUAGCCCAGGUUCAGCGAGCAGUCUGCAUGCUCAGCAACACCACAGCCAUUGCAGAGGCCUGGGCAAGGCUUGACCACAAGUUUGAUCUUAUGUACGCCAAGAGAGCCUUUGUGCAUUGGUAUGUAAGUGAAGGCAUGGAGGAAGGAGAAUUUGCAGAGGCUCGAGAGGACCUGGCAGCCCUGGAGAAGGACUAUGAGGAGGUUGGAAGAGAUGGGGGAGAGUUUGAGGAGUAACUGCACCUACGGGAAGGCAGCUUGGGUUGUGAAUAGCUUUUGUGUAUUCUAUAGGAGUUAGGGACUAGAUUUGAGGCAAUGUGACUGGCAAACUCCACAGACUGGCCAAAAGCAUCUCUUCGUUAAGCAUGAAUUUGAAUAAAUGGUGAUCAGCAAAAAUA